AUGACACACCCAUUUACAGCAGCGCCCGUAGCGCCCACGACGGAACCGUCUCGCCCCGACGUCGAGGCAGCAGCAGCCACCGCCGCUCUGACCGCGAACCCUUCCAGCAGCGCAGCGCAGUCACAGUCUGUAACCCCCGGCCCGCCAUCGGUAAGCGUGCGCAGCGACGAUGGAGAAACGAGCUCGCCCGCGUUCGCGGCGCUGGCAGCACGAGUCGCCGCGACAGAACAGACAUUGGUCGCUCUCCAGGCCCAGGUCGCCCAGCUGGCCGCCAUUGUAAAGUCGGUCGUGCCCUCUGCGUCCACGUCGGGGGUCUUCGCGUCCAGUGCUCCCUCGACAUUGGGUGCCGGCCGGCUCUUUUCGCCCUUUGACACGCCGUCGUCCACAUCGUCCACCUCGAUCCCGGGCUCGGCACGCGCUCACUCGCCCUCGCCCGACGGUUCUGGCAGUGACCCCAGCGUGGCUCUUCUUACGCAGCAGAUUGCCGCGCUCUCGUCGUCUGUCGCGCAGCUCCAGCGUCUCCAGACCCAGCAGAGCAUAUCCGGCCCAGGCAUCGGCGUGGUGCCUCCACCGCCCUCGUCGAUGGGUCCCGGCGGUCACUCGCCGCAUGGCCCAGGCCCACUUGCCAUGGGCAGACACAUUGCCCCGCCCCCACUGGACAUGUUGUCGGCCGCUGGCCCGGGCCCGAUCGGCCCACACUCUGCCCUUUUGUCCGCGCCCGGUCGCAGCGGCUUCAACGACGGCCCACGUACUCCCGGCAACCGCUCGUUCUCGUCUGGCCUCCUCGCCGAUGGCAUGGACAACAAGUGGGGAGGCGGACCAGGUAACAAGUAUGGCGGUGGUGGCGGUGGUGGGCCUGGUGGGCCCGGUGGACGCGACUGGCCCAGUCCUGGACCCAACGGACCUGGUGCCAACGGUUUCGCUGGUAUGGGCGGCGGUGCAGCUGCGCCUGGCGCCGGCAUUGUGGUGACGAAAUGGGAGCACCUCAACCUCAAGGUCGAGCUGCUGCGUUCCAUUUCCAAAUAUGGCAUCGGACCACCCAACAAGAUCCAGGCGCGUGUCCUUCCCUUCAUGCUCAAGGGCUCGGACAUCAUCGCCCAGGCCCCACCGACGCAAGAGCGCAUCAUCUCCUAUGUCAUUCCCGCACUCCAACUGUGCCUCACCCUCCCCACCCCACAAGGUCCCUACCGUGGACCCUCGGUCAUCAUCAUCACCACGACCGUCGACCAGGCCACUCAGUGCCACAAGCUGGUGCGCAAUGUCGGUGGACCUCUUGGUGUGCGGGCAGCCCUCGCGGCGGGUGCUUCUGGCUCAUCCUCGCUCCCCAACGAGGUUGCGGCCAUGCAGCGCGAUGCUAUCCAGAUCCUUAUCGGCACCCCAGCAAAGGUCAACGAGGUGGUCAACAACCGAGGGCUUGCGGGUUCCGAGUGCAGGCUUUUGAUUCUGGAUGAGGUGGACCAACUGAUUGCGCGCAACCUAUACGAGAACGUGCUCAGCGUUGCGCGUUUCCUCCCCACCCCUCGCGGCGUGAGAGCGACUGGCCAACUCACCCCGGGCCCAUCACCGUUCUCGCCCGUCAUUGGCAGCCCUUACGACAACGGCCAGCAGUCUCCCUUCAACCCCCAGAGCAAGACGCCGUUCCCGUCCCAGCCGUCGCGCUUCAGCACACCGGGACCCAACGGUGCCCCGCCAUCCCCUACCCCGUUGAUCGAGCGCCAGACGUGCUUGUUCUCCAACACGAUUCCGACUGACGUGAUCAACUUCUCCCAGUCACUCCAGGUCCGCGACCCUGUGCGUGUCCUGGUGCGUCGUGAGGGGUCGACCAACUCGCAAGAGUCGGUCUCGUCCAUUACCCCCGGAAUCAACCUCAAGCACACGUACGUCUACCUCACCAUCACGGGAUCGGCCAGGUCCGAGGACCAGCCUGCCGAGGCUGGGCCGGGUACCAUUGGUUCUGGCCGUGCCAACGCUGGUAGCGCGGCGAGCGAAGAGGCGACUAGGGCAAAGGAGUACAAGCUCGACAUGCUCGUCAAGAUGCUCGACGACUAUCCUCUGUGGCAGGGCAUCAUCCACGUGGGCACAUACGCCAUGCUCGAAGCUGUGGUCUUUAAGCUUUCGGGCCGCAACUGGGAGACGCUCUACCUCGCCUCGGACAUGCCUCCGAGCCAGCGCAAGGCCGUUCUCCAGCAAUGGCGCAUGUCGAGUCCCGGUGCCGGGCCCCGUUUCCUCGUGUGCUUUGACGUCAACCCCAAACUUCCGGACAUUCCUUGGUCGCCCUUGGUUAUCAACUUUGACUUGCCCAGGUCGGUUGAAGGCUACGCCCUCCGCGCCGCUGCGGCCGUCCCGCCGACCGCACGCCAGGGCCAGCCGUCGCCGCCCAUCAACGGCGUCAUUGUCAGCUUUGUCCAGGCAGCAGGCGGCGACGUCGAAAUGCUCCGCUCGACCGAGUGCGCUUAUCGCUUCAAGUCGGCCGAGAUCCCCACCGUCUUCCACGACCUCUUCCAGCAUUAA